UGGAUCAGUUGAUUGCACGCAAUUAAUAACACGAAGCAAACAUGGCUCCGAAAGUUUUGUAUCUCCUGCUCAUCGCCUGUAUUUUUGGCACCAUCAUCCAGAUGAGUUUUGCCGCCUCAUCCGAGUCAUCCAACUCAUCUGACUCAUCCUCUUCGUCCUCUUCAUCCGAGUCAAAGGAAAAACUGGUGAUAAAACCUGUACAGAAUAAGGACGACCAAAACCCACAAAAAUCGGAGGAAGAAUCUGCACAGCAUAAGGACGACCAAAACCCACAAAAAUCGGAGGAAGAAUCUGCACAGCAUAAGGACGAUCAAGAACCACAAAAACCGGCGGUAGAACCUACACAGAAUAAGGACGACCAAAAACCACAAAAAUCGGAGGAAGAACCUGCAAAGGAUAAGGACGACCAAAAACCACAAAAAUCGGAGGAAGAACCUGCAAAGGAUAAGGACGACCAAAAACCACAAAAAUCGGAGGAAGAACCUGCAAAGAAUAAGGACGACCAAAAACCACAAAAACCGGCGGUAGAACCUGCAAAGAAUAAGGACGACCAAAAACCACAAAAACCGGCGGUAGAACCUGCAAAGGAUAAGAACGACCGAAAACCAAAAAAACCGGUGGUAGAACCUGCACAGGAUAAGAACGACCGAAGACCAAAAAUACCGGUGGUAGAACCUGCACAGGAUAAGAACAACCGAAAACCAAAAAUACCGGUGGUGGUGGAACCUGCAAAGGAUAAGAACGACCGAAAAUCACAAAAACCGGCGACAAAACCUAUACAUAAUAAGGACAACCGAAAACCACCCACCAAAGCGGAAGAAGCUGAAAACAAGGUUGUGGUGAGGAAACUCGAGAUCACGUUACCAACGAUUCCAAUUAUCUCCCCGGUCCCAGGACUUAGAUCGAACGUCGAUAAAGCUAAACAGUUGGCUGCACGCCGUUUGAACAACGAAGAGAAUUUUGUCAACGCCGUUGCGAACGGUGUAAGGCUUGCGGUCCAUGCUGCUAAGCCUAUCCUAGCCGUAGCCAAAUUGAUCGUUACCAUUGUAGAAUCAUUCGCUGAGAUAGCAGCAUUAAACCCAGCCCGACUCGGACUUUUUAUUCUUCAGGAAGGUGUGAAAAUUGGCUUGAGUAUUUUGACCGUGUCCCUUCCUCUUCUGAUAAAUGGAAUUGUAACGGCUGUGUAUUAAAUAAUCAAUUAUAAUGUAUUAUAGUAGAACAUUUACUUUAUAUGCAACUAUGUAUUAGUUUUUGUUGCAAAUAUAUUUACGCAUAAUAAAAA